AUGAACCCUGAGCUGUUUAAUUGGACUGAAAUCCCUCCCUUCAUCGUUGGUGGCGUUGCGUUUGACAACUGGUUGACAACACAGGCAGUAAAGGCUGCGCUUGACGGUGUGGCACUGGCGGUGGAUGGCACAAAAACUCUUACAGCGAUUCACCAAAACCAUGAUAAGAACGCUUUUGCAAGUGGUAAGCAGCCAAAAUCUCCAUUUAAUAAACACCUUGCAAAGACUAAUGGUGGAAAGAAAUUUUUUCGUACCAGUCAUUGCCCUUGUUUCUCCCUGAACCGGCAGGGUGUAGUUAUUCUUUGUCGCGCGUCGUAA